UAAUGCCCUCAGUGUCUAUAGUUUCACUUAAACGGUAUCGAAAUUUUUGCAUCUUCUCCGCAGAUAAGAAAGGUUGGUGAAUCUGACUUUCAGUUUACCCUGCGCAGCCUCCUGUGCUCCUCUCCUUUCCCUCUCCCUUUCUGCUCUGGCUGCGCGCUGUUUUGGAGGGGUGCCUUAUAAAUAAAAUCCACAGUCCCCGGUCCCUCUUCCUUAUUGGUCAGGUGGAGCCGUUACCUCACUCCGGGGCAUGUGACGCAGCGUCUUCACGUAUCCUUCAUGUGCGUCUCUUCUUGUUUCUUGCUGAGAGUCUUGCAGUCGCUCUGAGAGAGAAAGCCGGUUUCGCGACGAGCCGAGAGUGCCGGACGCACUGGGUGCUCUCGAAAAACACUUCACAUCCCGGGGGAGAGCGGCGCGCAAGAGCAGGCUGUCUCUCGCUGUCUCUCUCACACGCUUUCUCCAUGAGUUUCUCCUCUGUCUCUGUCUCUCUCUCUGUCUCUCUCCCUCUCUCACCCUCACACACAGUCGUGCCCGCGCACACGCACUCUAUGCAUACGUCUCCACUUUGCCGUAGUAAAUAACGGCAUUGAUCUCAACAGAGAGUGCAGGUUUGUCUCUUGCGCUCGCUCUUUCUUCUACGGACCGACUUGGAGAAACGCGCGCGAGAGAAGUAACUCCUCACCCUGUGUGUCUGUGAGGACCCCUGGUCAUGUCCAUUUAGCUGUCCUGCGUGAUGCCUGAUCAUGACAGCACCACCCUCCUAACCAGACAGACCAAGCGCCGACGUGUCGACAUCGGGGUGAAAAGGGCUGUGGGUAGCACGAUAUUCACCCGUGCCAGGGAGAGCCUGCUUGACAGCAUGAACCAAUCACACGGCCCUGAUCAAGACGCAGACUGCUCACUGGUCGCUCACAGCCACUUGGGUACCAACGGUGAUGGAGAAAAGUCGAAUGUUUUGAGGAAGCUGCUGAAAAGGGCCAAUUCGUAUGAAGACACAAUAAUGCCUUUCCCUGGGGCUACAAUCAUCUCCCAGCUACUGAAGAAUAACAUGGGAAAGAAUGGAGGGAGUGACUCAGGCUUCCAGGGAAGUGGAGCUCUGUCCAGUGGAGGCUCAGAGAUCCAGGCUGAGGAUGCAUGCAGCAACUCCUCCCGUGACAGUCCACUGGACUGCCUCUCUCCUGGGCCUCCUCUUCCCCCUCCACCUUCCUCCUCCUCUUUUGGGCGACCACCACCUCCUUCUAGCCUCAGUUCGCUUGCUCCCUCUCAGCCCCUCUCCCUCUCCUCCUUCGACUUGGACAGGCUGUCAGAUGAGCACCUGCGUGCCAAGCGCGCCCGUGUGGAAAACAUCAUCCGCGGCAUGAGUCACUCGCCACUGGUCCGGCUGAACACCAGCGACCACAACCAAGAAAGCAGCCGUGAGAACGAGAGCAGCAGCAACAACAGCAACAGCAGUAAUGACCAUCGAGGAGACAGCAACAGCCACAACCACAGCCGAAGUGACUGUCCUCCUUCCCUCCUGAGCUCUCCAGGUUCACGGGGCGGUGUGGUCGGUGUUGGUGAGGUUUACAGGGAGAAUAAGAGAAAGCAGCGUCUACCACAACAGCAACACAGCUUCACCCAGCUGGUGUGUUCCAGGCAGGAGCAGAGACAGGAGGAGAGAAGGCAGCUCAAACUGCAGCUGGAAGACAUGCAGAAACAGCUGCGCCAACUCCAGGAGAAGUUCUACCAGAUCUACGACUCAGAGACAGAGGAAGAAGAAAAUGGAGAGAGUGGAGAGGCCGACCGAGGUGGAGACAGAGAGGAGGACGGCAACUUGUCAGAGGACAGCAUCCGCUCUGAUGGCCUAGAGGAGAGGCACAGAGACAGAGGGCAGCAUACCCAUGACAAUCUAUCUGAGCUGGACCCAGGCCUGUUCCUGGACCGGGCCCGAGCCCUCCUCCGAGAACAAGCCCUGAUAGAUGGAGAAAUGGAGGAGGAUGUGGAUCGCAGGGUGGAGGGGGACAGGAACGGAGAAAGGGUGAUGAAGAGGAGAGGAGGAGCAGCAGGAGGAGGAAGGCAUUUAGCAGAGACACUGAAGCAGCAGCUGAACUGUGCUGUGUCGCAGGUUGUCGACAUUGUCGUCAAGGGUUUCUCCUCACCCAAGCAAGCUGUCAGUCACCAUCACUGCUGCCAGUCUUCUUCCUGUGUGCCCCCUUUCGGCCCCCUCCCCUCCAUUACCCCAGACUCACGCUUUGGUGGUGGCACUCUGGCCCUCAGUCUGAAUGGCGAAGGUAGUCCCACCCCUAACUACCACCCUUCCAAUCAGAGGCUGCACUGCUUUGGCGAUGGAAUCGUCCCGAGCCCACUAGAUUCAUUUGGUGGUUUGAGUGGCAGGCUGAGCGGUGUGCCAACACCCAACGACCAAACAGAGGCACUGCCACUGGUGGUGCGCAAGAGUGGAGGAAGUGGAGGGGAAAACACCAACCCCUCUCUUCCUCCUCCUCCUCCUCCUCCUCUUCCUCACCAUCCAUCGCUCCACCCCUCUUCUCUCACGGCUUCACUCGGGUUUAACCCUCCAUCAUUUCGCCAUCCAUUUCCUCUUCCCCUCAUGGGCUACCCCUUUCAGAACCCCCUGGGGUCACAUGGAGGUGGAGCUGGCUAUGCUCCAGGGCCAAAGGAUCAUCAUCGAUCCUCGCCAGAUUCCAUGGACAUGACCCGAGAAACUGUCAGUCUCAGAACCAAAAUGGCAUCCCUUGGAGGGAGCCAUCUCAGUCACCACCAUCACAGGCAGAGCUCGCCAACCCAGCAUGGGCCAGAGGGUCUGUCCCUGUCUCUCAUCAAGUCUGAGUGUGGGGACCUGCAAGACAUGGCGGACAUAUCGCCCUACUCAGGCAGCACCAUUCAGGAGGGCUUGUCUCCCAAUCACCUGAAGAAAGCCAAACUGAUGUUCUUCUACACCCGUUACCCUUCCUCCAACAUGCUCAAAAUGUACUUCUCUGACGUCAAGUUCAAUCGCUGCAUCACCUCCCAGCUGAUCAAGUGGUUCAGCAACUUCAGGGAGUUCUACUACAUUCAGAUGGAGAAGUUUGCCCGGCAGGCAAUCAACGAGGGGGUGACUGCUGCGGAAGAGCUGACAGUGGGCCGCGACGCUGAGCUCUUCAGGGCGCUCAACAUGCACUACAACAAAGCCAAUGACUUUGAGGUUCCUGAUCGGUUUCUAGAGGUGGCUCAGGUGACUCUUCGCGAGUUCUUCAAUGCCAUAGUGGCUGGCAAAGAUGCAGAUCCAUCCUGGAAGAAGGCCAUCUAUAAGGUGAUCUGCAAACUGGACAGUGAGGUUCCUGAGGUCUUCAAGUCCCCCAGCUGUCUACAGGAACUCCUCCACGACUGACUAGGACGAGGGAGGCAACACGGCAAACAAGAGGAACCACCGAGGGCCGUGAGAAGACUGUAAGAAAACGCAUCCAAAGGUGCAGGGUUAAACCCGGUUGACAUCUUCAGUGAAAUGCAUUUGAAGCUGUCUGAUGUUCAGAACCUGAUGCAGAAACUUGAAGUGAUUCUACUUGGAGAGUUUGGUUGAUGGUUGAUUUUGGCCAGCCCAUCUUUUCCAAGACAAAACUGCCCUGAACAUGUUUUAUAAAGAAAACCUCCUGAAGGAGGCAGAGGGCUCAGAGACCAUGAGUCAGACAAUACUUAAAUCAUGUUGAGACUUUUGUGAAUUAAAAACAACGAAAAUUGAACAUCCUUGCACUUACAGAAAAGCUCCUCCUUGACAAAAACCUGCGUCCUCUUUCUCCUCAACCUCCGCCGAGCUCGCUUUUCAUCCCUCUCCGGGUUAACAAAAGGAUGAGGAAGACGACGGCUUCAGCCCAAAAUGUGGGAUCAGGAGCAGACUAAAAAAAUAAAGUAGAUAAUAUAUAAAAAAUCUUUUUAUUGUGGAUGUUUUUAAGUUACAUGGACAAUUUUGAAAAAGUGAUGUUUCUGUAUUUUUUCUCCUUUGUAUUACAGCUUCUCUUCUACAAACCCUCAGCCACUCACAUAGAGGUACAUAUAUCCACAAACACAUGCCUCUUGAAUAGGAAAGCACAGUAGCAUUCCCAAAUCUUCACUCGCACCGAGAUAAACUAGGCAAAAAAACAAGCUUAGUUGUUUAUUUCCCUUCAUUUUCUCUACUGUUUUGACUUCUUCCUCUUCUAACUGUACUGAGGUGUUUGUUUUGAUUGUGUGGCGCUCCCAGCCCUCCCCUCCCUGGCUGCCCCUCUUGGCUUGUGCUGCCUUCAGGCGCCCAAAGCAUCAAUGACAAAAAUGAUUCUAUUUCAUGUUUUAAAAAUCUCUCAGAUCUGGGUGUUAUAUCAGUCCCAUCAGUUCAAACCUGUGAAAAAAGUAUGAGAGCUUUAAACUGAAAUCAGAUGAAGGUGUGAUGCAUUACACUGAGUUUUGAGUUGGUGUAGCAUUUAGAUUACUUAUUUUACUUAGUUACUGGAGCCUGACCAAAACCGCAUGCUUGCUAAAGUUGAUACUUGUCUUUCAGUUUUAUCUCCUACACACCUGGCCGCAUACAGGCAUGCAAGUAACAUUUUUUUGCACAAGAAGGAUUCCUUACAUUUGUUUAGUUAGGAUUCAUGAUCAAGACACAUAGUGGGUAGGAAUUUAUGAUGAGUGUUUGUUAUUGGCCAAAACAUUCACCACUGCUAAUAGCAGGCUCAACUACUGGUGGUUUAUUGGGAGAAUGUUCAGAAUAUAGCACUGGAUCAACGGAGACCAUUACCAACUUUGGUGUCAGUUUGUGUUAUGUCUUAUUCCUGUUACAGGCUUCAUUUGUCUGUUUUGUUUCACUGAAUCUCACCAUCACAUGUAUGUCAUUUCUUUGAUUUUAUUUUUAAAGUACUGUAAUGUGGAUUUACACGAGUGAGUUUUGUAUAAGUGCUUCAUUUCACCAUUCAUUCCACUUUCACCUGGCUAUUAGAUUUUAAAUGCACUGCAUUUCUUUUGGACUUUUAGACAGUUGCACAAAUAAUUUUAACACUUUUUAAAAGUCUGACUGUGGUACAAUCAGGUGCUCUUACAUUUUAAACUGUCCAAUUUUAAUUCCUUCAUCCUUGAAACCUUCAAACUGCAAAUCAUCAUCAGUAACAACCCAGUUUGCAGAGUUCCUCUGUGCUCUGAGCGGCCGAGCAGGGCGGCUGCACCAGCCAGGUCAUGUGUGAAGUGUUUAAGGUUUUAACAGCAGAGAAAAAAAAACACAACAAAAUGCUGAUAUUUGUAGCUUGUAUAGAUGUAAUAAUUACUCUGAUACUGUUAUUUAUAAAUGAAAAAAAUAUUCCUAUUAAUGUUAUUCUGAUGACCAUUAAUGCUUGCUACAGAUUUGACCAGUGGUUUAC